AUGACUUCUGAAUCAAAAGAUCUCCAUGGCGUGGCUUAUAACUUAGAACCUCGAGCGCUUGCACUCGAUAGAAGUUCCUUGAGGAAACCUCUGAUAAUCGGCACAAUAGUUGUAGACCAUGUGCCUCUGCUGAACCCAUCUCAAUCUCUUUCUUCCAUUAACAUCAAGCUCCUGAGCCUGAAAUUGUGGGCCGCCUUGGAUCUUGAAAUUUCUGUAAUAGGCCACAAAAGGAGCCUUUGUCCAGUCAGUCUUGACCCGGCCGCCUUGAGUAGCCCACUCGUCUGCAUUCCACAAACUGCAGUACACUCUCAUCGCCUUGCUGUUGGGGAAAGGUACCCCACUCCGUUCGUGGUUGUUGAAAACUCUAAUCGGACUGUUGUCCACCAAGAAUCUGAAUAUUUUGCAAUAUAA